CUCACAUUUACGGCUACGAUUCCUCUUUCUUUCCUUUAAAUUUGAGUCAGUAAAAAGUCUUUUUCUUUCACCCCCUCCAAAACUCACCAAUUUUCAGAGAAUUCUUUUGCAGGCAACGGGUCUCAUGAUAUCGUCUCAUGAUCAUUCCUCUCAGAACCAAGAAGUCACUUUCUUUGCCGAUUCUUUUCCAAAAUCUCAGAUGGGUGUCCACCAUAACCUUCAACCCUCCUCAGCUACCCCAAGACUCAGAACACCAUCUUCGUCUCUUCUUAGGCACAACCGAUCACAACAACCCAGAUUACGAGUUAUCAGUGGUGUCGGCGUUGAAGUCUUGCUCGUCCCUUUUGGCCGUCUCUCAAGGCCAACAAAUCCAUUGUUUGAUCUUGAAAUCAGGGCUCGGUCCCAACACUUUCAUCCGGAACAGUUUGAUUAAUAUGUACGUGAAAUGUGGGUUUUUCGAUGAUGCUCGAUCGCUGUUUGAUUCCUUUUCUAGGCUGGAUCCUGUGUCAUGUAAUAUUAUGAUUGCCGGGUAUGUGAAAAUGGGCCAGUUGGAGAAUGCUCGCCGGUUGUUUGAAAUAAUGCCCGGUAGAAGUUGUGUGUCGUACACCACUAUGAUAAUGGGUCUGGCCCAUAAUGACUGUUGGCGCGAGGCUGUUGAGGUUUUUAAGGAAAUGAGGUCCGCAGGCGUGGUCCCAAAUGAGGUUACACUGGCAAGUGUCAUCUCAGCUUAUGCGCAUUUAGGUGGGAUUUGGAAUUGCCGGAUGCUCCAUGUAUUGGUAAUUAAGCUGCAGGUUGAGAAGUUGGUUCUUAUAUCGACAAAUUUGUUGCACAUGUAUUGCCUUUGUUCGAGCAUACUGGAGGCAAGAAGUUUGUUCGAGGAGAUGCCUGAGUGCAAUAUAGUGUCGUGGAAUGUAAUGUUAAAUGGAUAUGCAAAAUCGGGGCAUGUUGAUUUGGCAAGAGAGUUGUUCGAGAGGAUUCCUGAAAAAGACGUGGUUUCAUGGGGUACAAUGAUUGAUGGCUAUGUACGAGUAGAAUGGUUGAAUGAAGCUUUGACAAGUUAUCGUGCUAUGUUACAUACUGGAUUGAGACCCAAUGAUGUUAUGAUUGUGGAUUUGGUUUCAGCAUGUGGCCGAUCAAUGGCGUUGCAAGAGGGUCAGCAGUUUCAUGGUGUAACUAUAAAGACAGGUUUCGACUGUUAUGAUUUUAUUCAGGCAACGAUUAUUCAUUUUUAUGCAGCUUGUGGCAGGAUGACACUUGCCCGUUUGCAGUUUGAAUUGGGCAUCAAAGAUCAUCUUGCAUCUUGGAAUGCCCUCAUUGCUGGAUUUAUAAGAAAUGAUAUGAUUGAUGAGGCAAGGCAGUUAUUCAAUGAGAUGCCAAAAAGAGAUGUAUUUUCAUGGAGCACCAUGAUUUCUGGUUACACACACAGUGAACAACCUAGUGUGGCUCUAGAACUCUUCCAUGGAAUGGUUUCUUGUGGUAUCCAGCCAAAUGAAAUUACCAUGGUAAGCGUGUUCUCUGCCAUCGCCACGUUAGGCACAUUGAAAGAAGGAAGAUGGGCCCAUGAGUAUAUAUGUAAUAACUGCAUCCCUCUUAAUGACAAUUUAAGUGCAGCUAUCAUUGACAUGUAUGCCAAAUGUGGGAGCAUCAGUACUGCCUUGAGUGUGUUCUAUGAAAUACAAGAAAAAGCCUCUAGUGCCUCCCCAUGGAAUGCAAUUAUAUGUGGGUUGGCAAUGCAUGGACAUUGCCAUUUGUCUCUAAAAAUAUUUUCCGACUUGCAGAGCCGUCUUAUUAAGCUUAAUUCAAUCACAUUCAUAGGAGUCCUAAGUGCAUGUUGCCAUGCUGGAUUGGUGGAGCUGGGGAAGGGAUAUUUUAAGGUAAUGAAGCAUGUGUAUAAUAUAGAACCAGAUAUCAAGCAUUAUGGAUGUAUGAUUGAUCUCCUGGGAAGAGCUGGGAAAUUAGAGGAGGCUGAGAAAAUAAUUAGAGGCAUGCCCAUGAAGGCAGAUAUGGUGAUAUGGGGCACAUUAUUGGCAGCAUGUAGGACUCACGGGAAUGUGGAAAUUGGAGAGAGGGCUGCAGCGAGUUUGGCAAGGUUGGAACCAUCUCAUGGGGCUGGUAGAGUUCUUCUAUCUAACAUAUAUGCAGAUGCAGGUAGAUGGGAGGAUGCAUUUUUGAUAAGGAGAGCAAUGCAAAUUAAGAGAAUGAAGAAAUCUCCAGGGAGUAGUGGUAUCGUAUGAUAAUGUAGCGGCAAUUGAAUAUGGUGUUGUUGGAUGAUUGAAAAUAAAGAACACUGUUCAAACUAUCCUGAAAAAGAGGCCGCUUCCAUUAUCACUGUGAACAGUUCAAAUAAACCUUGAUUAUUUAUCAAGAUUUUGUAACUUGUCAAAAAUGUUGAGAUAAUAUGACACUGUCUAACAGAGCCGUUUUGAGAUUUGUACCAAGUUUCUUACAAUUGGUAUAUGGAAUCAAUCCCCUUUUAAUAUGUAAUCGGUGUCUGGGUGUUGUU